CAGUGCAUAAGUACCCUCAGUACCUACGCCUCUGACUAUUGGGCAAAUGCGCCGUUAUCAUUUCAUGCGUUUGACAACAGCAGCCAAAAGCAACUGAGCCUCGGAACUCCCGGCACAUUGUUCAAAUUGCUUCUGAAGCAGACGGUUUGCUAUAAAAAAGCUCUUCGGGAAAUAGUGAUAAACACAGUGCACGGUGUCAGAAAUAAUCAAAAUUCAGUUUGUCAUGGCCGAGGAGUCAAGGACAGAUGGAAAACCACGCAUCGAAGGUGCUGUCGACCAGAUGCACUUUUUGCGCGACAAACUGCAAAAGUUUCAGGCCAAAAUAAUGUGCGACUUCGAGCAGCGACUGUCCUGCAUGAUAGAGGACGUAAUGCAGGAUAUACGACAACAGGAGUUGCGCGCGCACGAGUUUCGCCAAUUUGACAGCUCCGUCAGCAGGGCCACCAACGCAAGCGCCACUUGGCACAAUCGUCAGCAGCAAACACUUUCGCCAGCAACGAAACCUGACGUCAGCGACUGCCCAAAUGGGCGGGCGUAUGCCCAAAAUGAAGCAACGCCAAAACAGCAGCAGCAGCCGCAGCAGUGGCGACAAGAUCAACCACAACAAAGAACGCGACGUCAGUUGCCCGAUAAGGUAUUCGUGGCGCGCGAAUCGUACCUGACGGUGCUGCUGCAGGUGGAGCACAUGCGCACCAUCUAUCACAUAUUCUCAAUUAUUCUGGUCAUGUUUUUACUAAACGUCAUUUUCUAUGACUACUUUGUCGAGGGCCGUAUCAAUUUGGGUCUCGGCACGUUCCGUAGUGGCCUCAAGCGCAUACACUGGGUCUUUGGGGUCUGGCUACUCGAGCAUGUCUUCGUCCUGGCGCUCUACUAUGCAUUCCAAGGAUGGGCGCUGGUGCGCUCUAAAUUGCAGUCGCACAAAUCCCUGCAACAUUUUUGGUCGAACAGCUGCCUGAUUAUGUACAUUAGCGCCCAGUUGGUGUUUGGCUAUGUCUCCACGUCGCUGUGCCUUAAGUUCCAGUUGCCCUUUGUCAGUGCCUGUGUGUUGCUUCUGGAGAGUACCCGGUUGCUGAUGAAAAUGCACGCAUAUGUGAGAUAUAACGCGGCAAGGGUGCUGCUCGGCAAGCAGAAGACCGACGUAGAGUUGAAAGAUGCUCGUCCCUAUUUGCCGCCCCUGCAUUGUUAUGUAUAUUUUCUGUUUGCGCCCACCCUAAUCUACAGAGAUAACUAUCCGCGUACGAAACAAAUACGCUGGAAGUUCGCGCUUUCCCGACUCAUGGAGAUCGUGGCUGUUGCCUUCUUCUAUGCCUUUAUACACGAGCGCCACAUCCGCGAGUAUUUUGGUCAGUUUGGCAAGGAAGCGCUGGGCCCUUCUCAGUUAAUUGUUAAGAUCUUUGGCAUGAUGCUGCCGAGUGCUGUAAUACUUUUGUGUGGUUUCUAUAUGAUUCUUCAUUCAUGGCUGAACUUCACGGCGGAGUUACUGCGCUUCGGGGAUCGCAUGUUCUACAAGGAUUGGUGGACGUCGCACACCUAUGAUGGAUACUACCGUAACUGGAACGUGGUAGUGCAUGAUUGGCUGUACGAGUACGUCUACAGGGACUUAUAUACCUACGUUUUCAAGGGCUCCAAAGUGGUUGCCUCAUUGCUGGUGUUUAUGAUAUCGGCGCUAGUACACGAACAGGUCUUAGGAUUCGGGCUCCAACUAUUUUUCCCUGUCAUGUUUAUGUUUUUUGGAGUUAUCGGCGUAGCGUUGGUAUUUCUUAUGCGCAGCGCGCCUAAGACACUUGGCAACAUUUGUGUAUGGUUUACACUUGUUUUCGGCAAUGGCGUCAUGAUCUCAUUAUAUUCCAUGGAGUAUUACGCGAGACGGAAUUGUGAGCUGCGCUACGAGCAUUGGGCGGACCACAUAACACCUGCGAUCUGGCGUUGCUAUCAUUAGC